AUGGGCAAUAUUCUUCAUGAUUUCUUUGCGGGAGGAUGGCACGCUGCAGUGAUGGUGCCCGGGGUGGCUAUAGCGUUGGGAAUCUUCUAUGUGUUCGCACUGACAGUAUAUAACCUCUAUUUCCACCCUCUCGCGCCAUUCCCGGGUCCCAAGCACUUCGCUGCAUCUCGUGUCCCGUACCUGCGAGCCGUAGUAGACGGUCGAUUAGCCCAAACACUCAAAGCCCUGCAUGAAGAGUAUGGCGAAGUGGUUCGCAUAGCGCCCGACGAGCUGGCCUUCACCAACGGCGAUGCGUGGAAGGCCAUCUACGGCACCCGGACUGGACACGGCCAAAAGCAAAAGGACCUGCGGGUUUUUACACCUCCUCCGAACGGUCUUCCGACCAUUAUCCAGUCCAACGAUGCGGAUCAUUCUCGUUUCCGAAGACUUCUGUCGCAUGCGUUCUCCGAGGCUUCGCUUCGCGGACAAGAGCCCAUCAUAAAGGGCUACAUCGAUCUGCUGAUCCAGCGACUCCACGAGCAGUCGAAUGGCGCUCAACCGGUCGACAUGGUGUCGUGGUAUAACUUCACUACAUUCGAUAUCAUCGGUGACCUGACCUUCGGAAAGCCGUUCGGCUGUCUGCAAAAUUCACAGUAUCAUCAGUGGGUCGCUGCUAUCGUCGGUCACGUCAAAUAUGGUGCCUAUGCCAAUGUGUUUCGGCGCUUCCCCUCGCUCAAGGUUCUGCUGCAAAUGUUCAUCCCGAAGAAGGUUGCUGAGGGCAGGGAGUGGCAUCUGGCUACCACUAAGAAGAAGGUGGAGGAUCGAUUGAAGAGCUCAAAUGAGAGGCCUGAUUUCUUUAGUCACAUUCUGAAACAUCAUAACACCGAGAAGGGCAUGAGCUUUGGUGAACUGCAGUCGAACGCCAGUACUCUGGUCGUGGCUGGUUCAGAGACUACUGCGACAUUACUGUCGGGGGCUACCUAUUACCUUCUGAAGACGCCCCGGGUGCUGGAGAAAUUGCAGGAUGAAGUGCGCAGCGCAUUUGAUUCCGACAGCGAGAUUGCACUUGCGUCUUGCAACAAGCUGAUCUAUCUUAAUGCCGUUAUUAACGAGGCUUUGCGCAUGUAUCCUCCGGUCAGCGUCGGAUUGCCCCGGAUUGUAGAUGCACAGGGCGAUACGGUCGCCGGGGAGUGGGUGCCUCCAGGAACAAUUGUAUCGGUCUCCCAAAUGGCCGCAUAUCAUUCCUCCGCCAAUUUCACCGACCCUGGAAGUUUCAUUCCGGAGCGAUUCCUCGAUGAUCCUCGAUUUACGAACGAUAGCAAGACGGUUCUUCAACCGUUCAGCUUUGGGCCUCGGAACUGUAUUGGGCGCAAUCUGGCGUACGUUGAAAUGCGUAGCAUCCUGGCUCGCAUGGUGUUCAACUUUGACAUGCAGUUGCACGACCCCAGUGUGGCCUGGGAAGACCAGGCGAACUUUGUUCUGUGGAAUAAGCCAGCUCUUCCGGUAAUUCUCAAGUCAAGGUUUCCGCGGAAACAGGGGUGA